UCCUAUCAUUCGCUGCAUUCAGUCGCUGAAGUUGAAGAAGUUUUUCUAGUUUGUCUCACUUGGUUUUUUGAGGAACCUCUUUAAAUCGUUCACUGAUAUAAAACCCUAGAUUUCUACCGGUAUAACUUGAUUGGCAAAAACGUAGCUUUUUGAAGAAGAUCUUCAACGCAUCGUUUCGUUCCGGGCACAAGUGUUUGGUCUGACACAUCUGAGCGUUUCAUCAACUACUUCUGAAGGCAGAUUUUCCCCCCAACGCGCUCAGGCUAUCACAAAUUUCGUUGUGAAUAGGGAAGGACAACCAAAAGUAAAAUGAGCACGCACUACGACCAACAGCACUACCAAGAUACCGAUAACUGGGAGGAGCAGGACGAUGAGAUACCGGCCACAGAAAAAGACCUAGCCGAGGAUGCCCCAUGGAAGAAAAUCCAGCAGAACACCUUUACCAGGUGGUGCAAUGAACAUCUGAAAUGUAUCAACAAGUCCGUAACCGAUCUCCAAAAAGACUUCACCGAUGGGCUCAAGUUAAUCAGUCUGUUGGAGGUUUUGAGCCAAAAGAAGAUGUACAGAAAACAUAACGUAAGACCGAACUUCCGACAAAUGAAACUGGAAAAUGUAUCAGUGGCGCUGGAAUUCCUGGAGAGAGAACACAUCAAACUGGUAUCCAUAGACAGCAAGGCCAUUGUGGAUGGGAACUUGAAGCUGAUUCUGGGCCUCAUCUGGACACUGAUCCUACACUACUCCAUCUCCAUGCCCAUGUGGGACGAUGAGGACGACGAAGAUGCUAAGAAACUAACCCCUAAGCAGCGUCUCUUGGGCUGGAUCCAGAACAAAGUUCCGCAGCUCCCCAUUAACAACUUCAACCGGGACUGGAGGGAUGGCAAGGCUCUGGGCGCACUGGUAGACAACUGUGCUCCAGAAGCCCAGCAUCUGUUAGUAAAGCUCUUUCUUACCACAGCCUGCUACCCCAAGAUGUGUAAUGCCUCUGGCCGAGGUCUGCAACCCAAGGGGCUCCGCGUGAAGGAAGUAGCAGACUUCAAGGUGUUUACUAAGGGGGCUGGCAGUGGGGAGCUGAAGGUGCUCGUUAAAGGACCCAAAGGAGGAGAAGAGCCAGUGAAGGUGCGGGAAGUUGGAGAUGGGGUGUACGAGUGCGAAUAUUACCCAGUUGUACCUGGAAAAUACACUGUAGCCAUCACCUGGGGAGGACAGGCUAUUCCACGCAGCCCCUUCGAGGUUGUGGUCAGUGAGGCUGCAAAGAGUCAGAAGGUCCGAGCCUGGGGUCCUGGCCUGGAAACUGGGAUGGUGGGCAAGUCUGCAGACUUUGUGGUGGAAGCUAUUGGCAUAGAAGUAGGAAAUCUGGGCUUUUCUAUCGAAGGACCGUCUCAGGCUAAGAUUGAGUGUGAUGACAAGGGUGAUGGCUCCUGGGAUGUACGCUAUUGGCCCACUGAGCCAGGUGACUAUGCUGUGCAUGUGAUUUGUGACAAUGAGGACAUCAAGGACAGCCCAUUCAUGGCCCACAUCCUGCCUGCUGAUAAGAGCAUUUACCCGGAGAAGGUGAAGGCCUUUGGCCCAGGCCUGCAGCCCACUGGCUGCAUCAUCAACCAGCCUGCAGAGUUCACUGUUGACACCCGAGGGGCUGGUAAUGGCCAACUGAAGAUUUAUGCACAGGACGCCGAUGGCCUUACCAUUGACAUCCAGAUCACCGACAAAGGAGAUGGCACAUUUGUGUGUGUCUACGUGCCAGUUAAGCCCAUCAAGCAUACCAUAAUCAUCACUUGGGGAGGGGUCAACAUCCCCAACAGCCCCUUUAGGGUGGUCGUUGGGGAAGGUAGUCACCCAGGAAAAGUUAAGGUGUACGGGCCAGGAGUGCAGAAAACAGGGCUGAAGGCCAAUGAGCCCACAUAUUUCACUGUGGACUGCGCUGAAGCUGGACAAGGUGAUGUCAGUAUUGGCAUCAAGUGUGCCCCUGGGGUUGUGGGUCCCAAUGAGGUGGACAUCGACUUCGAUAUAAUCAAGAAUGACAAUGACACCUUCACAGUAAAAUACACACCCCCUGGCCCUGGUAACUACACAAUUAUGGUGCUGUUUGGAGACCAGGAAAUCCCCAUCAGCCCAUUCCAUGUUAAGGUACAGCCGUCUCAUGAUGCUGCCAAGGUGAGGGCAGAGGGCCCUGGGCUUAACAAGACAGGUGUGGAAGCGGGCACGCCCACUCAUUUCACAGUCUUCACCAAGGGGGCGGGUAAGGCUAAACUGGAUGUCCAGUUUGAUGGAGCCAUCAAGGGACAGGCGGUGCAAGACUUUGAGAUCAUCGAUAAUCAUGACUAUACCUACACUGUCAAAUAUACUGCUGUGCAGCAGGGAAACAUGACUAUCUCCGUCACCUAUGGAAAUGAUCCGGUUCCAAAAAGCCCAUUUACCAUCACCGUGGGUUCUCCCCUAGACCUUGGCCAAGUCCAGGUUCAAGGCCUUAACAAAAAAGUAGAGGUUGGGAAGGAUCAGGAGUUUGUGGUGAACACUCGGGGUGCUGGUGGGCAAGGCAAAGUAGAUGUCAAGAUCACAUCACCCUCUAAGCGGCCAAUCCCAUGCAAAGUCCAGCCUGACAUGACAAACAGUGCAUACUCUGUGCAUUAUAUUCCCCCUGAAGAAGGCCCCUACAAAGUGGAUGUGUCCUAUGAUGGAAACCCAGUUCCUGGAAGCCCCUUCACCGUGGAAGGUGUUAUACCCCCUGAUCCUUCCAAGGUACGUGCAUAUGGACCAGGUCUGAAAGGAGGUGUUGUAGGAAAGCCAGCUCCAUUUACCAUAGAUACCAAGGGGGCAGGCACAGGUGGACUAGGUGUGACAGUGGAGGGUCCAUGUGAGGCAAAAAUUGAGUGCCAGGACAACGGUGAUGGCUCUUGCUCUGUAUCCUACAUACCGACUGAGCCAGGCGAGUAUGCUAUCAACGUCUUGUACGCUGAUACUCACAUCCCUGGCUCACCCUUCAAGGCCCUGGUCCAGCCAGCUUUUGACCCCAGCAAAGUCACAGCUAGUGGGCCGGGUCUGGAGCGCGGCAAGGCCAGCGAGGUAGGCACCUUCACCGUGGACUGCUCCAAGGCUGGAAAUGCUGAGCUGACCAUUGAGAUUGUCUCCGAAUCGGGGGCCAAAGCUGAGGUACAUAUUCAAAACAACAGCAAUGGAACCUACUCCAUCACCUACACCCCACCCUUCCCAGGCGCGUACACCAUCACCAUCAAAUACGGUGGGCACAAUGUGCCCAAGUUCCCUGCCCACCUGCAGGUGGCGCCUGCCAUUGAUACCAGUGGAGUCAAGGUUUACGGACCAGGGGUGGAACCCAGAGGGGUUCUUCGCGAAGUAACCACGCACUUCAUUGUUGAUGCCCGUGGUCUGACAAAGACUGGGGGCAAUCAUGUGAAGGCAAGGAUAAUCAACCCAUCAGGGGCAAACACCGAUAUCUAUAUUUCCGACAAGGAGGAUGGUACUUACAGAGUGGAGUACACUGCAUAUGAAGAUGGUUUGCACCUGAUUGAGGUCCUAUAUGAUGACGUCGCCAUUCCCAACAGCCCCUUCAGGGUGCAGGUCUCUGAAGGCUGUGACCCGAGCCGUGUGCGUGCCUAUGGCCCCGGGCUAGAGCAGGGAUUGGUCAACAAGGUCAACUGCUUCACUGUGGAAACUAGAGGUGCUGGGACUGGGGGUCUGGGGCUGGCCAUUGAAGGGCCCUCUGAGGCAAAGAUGUCCUGCACAGACAACAAGGAUGGCAGCUGCAGUGUGGAGUACCUUCCCUCUGCACCUGGGGACUAUGAUAUCAACAUCUCUUUUGGAGGCCAACCUAUCCCAGGCAGCCCCUUUCGUGUGCCUAUUAAGGCACCUGUGGACCCCAGUAAGGUGAAGUGCUCUGGGCCUGGCUUGGGGAGUGGGGUUCGGGCUCAGGUUCCACAGACUUUUACUGUGGAUACCAGCAAAGCAGGUGUGGCCCCCCUCCAGGUCCAGCUCGUUGGGCCUACAGGGACCAUGGAGCCUGUCAGCAUCAAUAACAAUGGUGAUGGCACGCACACAGUGAGGUACACCCCCGCUCACGAUGGCCCUUACACCGCGUCUGUCAAGUAUGCUGAACAACAAGUCCCCCGCAGUCCCUUCCAGGUCAAAGUGUUGCCCACCCAUGAUGCCAGUAAGGUCCAGGCCAGCGGCCCUGGCCUCGAUUCCUCUGGCGUGCCAGCCAGCCUGCCUGUGGAGUUUACCAUUGAUGCGCGGCACGCAGGCGAGGGCCUUCUCACAGUGCACAUCGUGGACCCAGAGGGGAAGCCAACCAAGGCGAACAUCCGGAACAACAGAGAUGGAACCUACACUGUGUCCUAUGUGCCUGCAAUGACUGGCCCCUACACAAUUACCAUCAAGUACGGUGGGGAUGAGAUACCUUAUUCGCCCUACCACAUCAACGCUGUGCCAACUGGUGACGCUAGCAAGUGUGUGGUCAGGGUAUCUAUUGGCGGACAUGGACUGGGUACAGGUCUUGGCUCCACGAUUGUUUUAAGAGAUGAAACAGUCAUCACUGUGGAUGCGAAGGCUGCGGGGAAGGGCAAGGUCACCUGUAAACUGUCAGCUCCUGAUGGCUCUGAGCUAGACAUGGAUGUGGUGGAGAACUCAGAUGGUACCUUUGACAUCUACUACACUGCCCCUGAGCCAGGCAAAUAUGUCAUCACCAUCCGCUUUGGAGGGCAGCUCAUCCCCAACAGCCCCUUUAAUGUGGUGGCCACGGAUAAGCCCAUUACUCCAGUUGGCAGCAUGGAGCCAAGGCUUCGUCCCUUCAACCUGGUUAUUCCAUUCACUGUGCAGAAGGGCGAAGUCACAGGGGAAGUCCGCAUGCCUUCAGGGAAGACGGCUACCCCUCACAUAAUAGACAAUAAGGACGGGACAUUGACAGUACGCUACUCUCCCACUGAGAAAGGUCUGCAUGAGAUGGACCUCAAAUACGAUGGCAACCACAUUCCAGGCAGUCCACUGCAGUUCUAUGUGGAUGCCAUCAGCUGCAGUUAUGUGACGGCUUAUGGACCAGGUCUGAGCCACGGCAUAACAAACAAGCCUGCAGUCUUCACUAUUAUCACUAAGGAUGCUGGGCAAGGUGGUCUGUCACUGGCUGUGGAGGGCCCAUCUAAAGCAGAGAUCACCUGCAAGGAUAACAAGGAUGGCACAUGCACUGUGUCCUACCUCCCGACUGCUCCAGGAGACUACACCAUCAUCGUAAAGUUCGAUAAUAAGCACAUCCCUGGGAGUCCCUUUACUGCCAAGAUCACAGCUGAUGAUUCCUUAAGAACAUCUCAGUUGAAUGUUGGUACAACAACAGAUGUGUCUCUGAAGAUCACAGAGACUGACCUGAGCUCACUGACAGCCAGUAUCAGAGCUCCAUCUGGGAGUGAGGAACCCUGUCUGUUGAAGAGGCUGCCCAAUCGCCACAUUGGGAUUUCGUUCACACCCAAAGAAGUAGGUGAACAUGUGGUGAGUGUGAAGAAAGCUGGCAAGCAUGUGAAUAACAGCCCUUUCAAGAUCAUGGUGGGCCAGUCUGAAAUUGGGGACGCCAGCAGAGUCAAGGUGUUCGGCAAGGGCCUACUGGAGGGUCGCACAUUUCAAAUAUCUGAGUUCUUCGUGGACACAAGGAAUGCAGGUUAUGGAGGUCUAGGGCUGUCAAUUGAAGGUCCAAGUAAAGUUGAUAUCAACUGUGAGGAUUCAGAAGAUGGGACAUGCAAGGUGACCUACUGUCCCACAGAGCCGGGUAACUACAUCAUCAACAUCAAGUUUGCUGACCAGCAUGUCCCAGGAAGUCCAUUCACAGUGAGGGUUACUGGUGAAGGCCGCAUGAAGGAGAGCAUCACCCGGAAGAGACAGGCAUCAUCUAUUGCCUCGGUGGGCACCACCUGUGAUCUCAACCUCAAAAUUCCAGGGAAUUGGUUCCAAAUGGUGUCGGCUCAGGAGCGAUUAACACGGUCCCUCAUGCGCAGCAGCCAUACAUAUAUGCGUACAGAGCGCACACAGGUCAGCCAGAUACGCGGCGGAGAAACCCACCGGGAAGUCCAUGUGGAGGAGAGCACACAGCUUGGGGGGGACCCCUUCCGCAACAUCUUUGGGGGAUUCCUGAGUCGAGACAGCUUGGGCUCCUUUAGCGGGAUGCCUCUCAGACAAGAAGCUAUCUCCCUUGAAGCCGGCACCCAGGAGAUGACUGCCCAGGUGACCAGCCCUAGUGGCAAAAUGGAGACCACAGAGAUUGUGGAGGGUGAGGACAGCACCUACAGCGUGCGAUUCGUGCCCCAGGAAAUGGGCCCCCACACUGUCAGCGUCAAGUACAGAGGCCAGCACGUCCCUGGGAGCCCCUUCCAGUUCACAGUGGGGCCCCUGGGGGAGGGUGGAGCCCACAAGGUUUGAGCAGGCGGCCCAGGGCUGGAAAGGGGUGUGGCGGGUGUCCCAGCGGAAUUCAGCAUCUGGACUCGGGAGGCUGGAGCCGGGGGGCUAUCCAUCGCUAUGGAGGGUCCCAGCAAGGCAGAACUCUCUUUUGAGGACAGGAAGGAUGGCUCAUGCGGAGUCAUCUACAUUGUCCAGGAGUCAGGUGAUUAUGAGCUGUCAAUCAGGUUUAAUGAUGAACACAUACCUGACAGCCCAUUCAUCAUUCCGGUCGCUAAACUGUCAGAUGAUGCUCGACGGCUCACAGUGACCAGCCUUCAGGAGAAGGGUCUGAAGGUGAACCAGGAAGCCUGCUUUGCAGUGCAGCGAAAUGGAGCACAGGGUGUUAUUGAUGCCAAGGUGCACAGGCCAUCUGGGACAGUGCAGGAGUGUUAUAUCAAUGAGCUGGACGGUGACAAGACUGCAAUCCGCUUCAUUGCACGGGAGACUGGUGUUCAUGCCAUUGAUGUAAAAUUUAAUGGGAGCCACAUCCCUGGCAGCCCUUUCAAAGUCCAUAUAGGGGAGCUGGAACAGGCUGGUGACCCAGGGAUGGUUUCUGCAUUUGGAGCUGGUCUAGAAGGCGGCACUACAGGAGUGCCCUCUAAGUUUAUUGUGAAUACAAGUAAUGCAGGAUCGGGGGCCCUGUCUGUCUCCAUCGACGGACCCUCCAAGGUGAAGCUUGACUGCUGCGAGUGUCCUGAAGGAUACUUAGUCACUUACACACCCAUGGCACCGGGGAACUAUCUCAUCUCCAUCAAAUAUGGCGGGCCACAGCACAUCGUCGGCAGUCCAUUCAAAGCUAAAGUCACAGGUGUUCGUCUGUCAGGGGGACACAGUCUUCAUGAAACCUCAUCCGUUCACGUGGAAACGGUCACCAAAAUGGGCAGCGCCUACAGCACCCUGUCCAAAUUCUCAUCAGAUGCGAGCAAGGUGGUGUGCCGAGGGGCAGGACUCUCCAAAGCUUUUGUGGGACAGAAGAACACCUUCACUGUAGACUGCAGCAGAGCAGGCACGAACAUGUUGAUGGUGGGCGUUCAUGGACCCAAGGCCCCAUGUGAGGAGGUGUAUGUCAGACAUAUGGGUAACAAGUUAUACAAUGUCACCUACACAGUCAGAGAGAAAGGAGACUACAUCCUUAUUGUCAAGUGGGGAGAUGAAAAUGUGCAAGAGAGCCCCUUCCAAGUCACUGUGCCCUAGAACACAUCCUCUUUGAGGAAUGCACUGCAACAUGCAUAAACUCUUAAUCUCUCCUGAUAAUACACUGAAUUUAUAGUUAAAGUAUUGGAGCUGAUUUUGUGUUAUUUUUUGAGCAUGAUUAUACGCUUAGAGCCAUAACAAAAACUUCCUUUGGAAGAUCAGCACUUUAGUUUUUCUUAUUAAUUUUUUUAAUUCAAAUAUGCAAACCAUUUCAUCAAGCUUUACGUUAGUAUAAUAGCUUUUAAAGGUUUUUAUAGUUUUCUUCUAUUUAACAACCUUGGCAAGAUUACUGUAACACAUGACAGCACACAUUGCCUUUUUCAGUUAUGUCACUGUCACGUUGAUAUUAAGAUUUUCUUAUGACAGAUUUCUUCGGACUUCAGAGGGAAAAUAAUCAAAGAAAAAAUACAGAAACAUUGAUUAAGAUAUCUUAUUCGUGAGUGUUUUAGAAAUAAGAAGUUAACAGUACUCUGAAGUUUUAUCAUUUUGUAUGUAUUUAAAUGGAAACCUAAUAGUUUGUUCUAAUAACCUUUUGUUUGGAAAGAAAGCACACAUAAUAAAGAUAAUAAAGCUAAUUUGCCAAAAGAAAUAA